AUGAGCAUCGCUACCGUCCUCACCGGCGCCGCCUUCGGCGCGUCGCUGGUCGCAUCCGGUGUCUUCCAGCCCUCGGUCAUCCUCUCCCAAUUCAGGCUGGAAAACUGGCACAUGACACAGGCCUUCCUGACAGCCACAGCGAGCAGCGCCCUCUUCAUCGCCCUCUUCCAAGCACUGGGCUCCACCCAGCUCAAGCCGCGCAACUUCUCCUCGCAGGGCCUGUUCGCCCACUACGACGGCAACCUCUUCGGUGGCCUCCUCCUCGGCCACGGCAUGGCCCUGGCGGGCGCCUGCCCGGGCACCGUCCUGUCGCAGGUCGCGCUGGGCCUGCCGUCGGGCUACCUCGCGCUCGCCGGCGCGACCCUGGGCGGGAUCGUGUGGACGGGCUUCCUGGCGUCGGCGUCGCCGGCCGCCGGGGCGGCCGGGGACAGGAAGCUCGCCAUCCACCAGGUCCUGGGCGUGAGCCGCGGCGCGGCGCUGCUCGCCUUCGAGGCCCUCCUCUUCGCCGUCGUGGCUGGCACGGCGGCGUGGACGACCGCCGGGCCCGAGGCGGUGAUUUCUCCCGUGUUGGGCGGGCUGCUGCUCGGCGGCACGCAGCUGCUGUCGCUGGCGGCGAGGGGGUCGCUUGUCGGGGUGUCGACGUCGUAUGAGGAGGUCGGGGAGUGGUUCUGGAGGGCUGUGAGGGGCGAGGCGCCGCGGAAGUAUACGUCGAUUCUGUUCUCGCUUGGGAUUCUCGCGGGGUCGUGGUCGGUUGCGCGGUUGUUCCCGUCGCUGGCUGUCAUUGUGGAGGUGGACCUGGAGCCUUCUUCUGCUGUGACGGGUGGGUUUCUUAUGGUCGUGGGCUCGAGGAUGGCCGGGGGCUGCACUUCUGGCCACGGCAUCAGCGGCAUGUCACUGCUUUCUGUGUCCAGCUUUAUCACGAUGGGGGCCGCCUUCGGGUGGGGAGCAGCUGUUGCAAGGUUUCAAUAA